CACACACACACUCUCUCUCUCAGCGAUAUAUUAUGCAAGUUGAGUAGCUUUUCCAAAUUAAGGAACUCAUAUAAAAGAUGGAUCCAGCGAUCACUAGACGAUAAGAAAUAUGUCGAUAAAUACGGGCCAUAACUGUUGCAGCAAACAGAAAGUGAAAAGAGGACUAUGGUCUCCUGAAGAAGAUGAGAAGCUAAUGAAUCACAUACACAACUCUGGCCAUGGUUCCUGGAGCUCUAUACCAAAAAUAGCUGGUUUGGAGAGGUGUGGGAAAAGUUGCAGGUUGAGGUGGAUAAACUACUUGAGGCCAGAUCUGAAGAGGGGUUCAUUUUCUCAGCAAGAAGAGAGAAUCAUCAUAGAUGUUCAUAGGGUUGUAGGCAACAGGUGGGCUCAGAUAGCCAAGCAAAUGCCAGGAAGAACAGACAACGAGGUCAAGAAUUUCUGGAACUCAUGCAUCAAGAAGAAACUCAUCUCUCAAGGUCUGGAUCCCAACACUCACAAUCUUAUCAUCCCAGCUGCUUCUGAUUCCAAAUCUAGCCAUGAUAGCAGCUCAUUGCAUGGAAGCUCAUCAAGUACCAUACCAACCUAUUUAUAUCAAAGCCCUAAUAUGGUUUGGACCGAUCAUUUCCAAGAGCCAUAUCCAAGAGGAAGCCAACCCUCAAUGGAAAAAUCUAAAGUGCCGACUAUCUCAUCUUUUUCUCAUCACUUCUAUCCAUCGGAGCUCGAUAUUAUAAUCGAAAAUUGCAAAACAUGGGGUACUGGUAGUAGCAUUGAAUCCACCACUGCAGAACCCGCAGAGAUGGAAUAUAUGUCAAUGAAAGCAGAACAGAAAGAGGAAAGUUGUGAAGUGCAAACUGAAAACGGCAGCUGUUCUGUGUUGAAUUAUAAUGGUCGGCAAACUAGUAUGGAUGCUUGUUCAUUCGGGAGCUGUAACUUGUCAAAUUUUGACUUUGUGGAGUCUACACUAGUGCCUUGUGAAAUGGAUUACCAUCUGAGGCCAAUAAGGCAAUAAUGGAUCAACUUGCAUGUUAUCGUAAUUAGCUAGCUAGCACUCAUCAUUGAUAUUUGUUUUUCUUCUGUGCUUUGACAUCUGAUUUUGUAAUUUUGAGAUUCAUGUGCACCAUGUCAAAUCUAAUAAAUUCUAGAGUGAUGUAGUAAUUAA